AUGGCAAAGAAAGAACAUUAUACUACAACCAUUAUCAAUAAUUUCUAUAAUCAACUGCCCGCUUUCACUGACGUAUUUGAUGAAGAAUCCUGGUAUUUAUUUGUGAUAUGUUUUGUAACAUUUACAUUAAUAGUUGUUUACAUUUUAUCAAAAUUUAUCAAAUUACAACCUGUAGACUGGUAAUUGAACAGAAAAUUAUUUGUUAGUCUUUAUUAACUAUUAUAAUUUAACAUAAUAUAAAACUAUGUCAAUGAGAUUUUAAA